AUGGACCGUACUUCAGGGAUUCCACCUAUUCCAACCAGUUCAAAUCAGUUCUCAGCUCGUGGGCGCAUGGGAGUACGAGCAAGGUAUGUUGAUACCUUUAACCAAGGGGGUGGAAAACCAACAAACCUGUUCCAGUCCCCAUCUGUUCCAUCUGUCAAACCUGCUGUUGCUGCAAAUGCAAAGUUUUUUGUUCCUGCACCUGCACCGUCACUUGAAUAUUCUAUGGAAGCUAUAGCAGAAAACAUGCAAGAAGACACUGCAUCUACUGAAAACCCUUCUACAUCCAAUAUGAAUGAGAAUGACUAUUCGCAUCCUUCAACAUCUUCGUCAGCAAUGACUAUGCAAAGGUUUCCAAGCAUGGAUAACAUUACAAGAAAGGGGGCAUGA